AUGGAGCCUGGGCCCGUUCAAAUUGUGUCAAUUACCGAGGAUCAUAAAUUUAUACUCGAUGAAAAAAAGUUAAAAGAGAUUUUGUAUCAUCACAAAGCACGAGAAAAAAAGGUAGCACUUGUAUCGAUAGCUGGCGAUUUUCGAAAAGGCAAAUCGUUUUUACUUGAUUUUUUCUUACGUUACUUACGAGCAAAAGAUGCAAAAGACUGGAUGGGUAAAGAAAAUGAACCAUUGAGAGGAUUUGAUUGGCGAGGUGGAGCAGCAAGACAUACAACAGGAAUGAUAAUGUGGAGUGAACCAUUUUUAAUGUCAAUGCCUGAUGGUGAAGAGGUUGCCGUACUAUUAAUGGAUACGCAAGGGACGUUUGAUUCGAAUUCAACAGUAUUUGUCAAUGCAUUUAUAUUUGCAUUGACAUUACUAGUUAGUAGUGUUACUGUCUAUAAUAUUAUGCAUAAUUUACAAGAAGACAAUUUACAACAUUUAUCAUUUUUUGCUGAAUAUGGAGUAUUAGCCAUUGAUGCGUAUCAAACAUCACCAUUUCAACAAUUAACAUUUUUAAUACGCGAUUGGCAAUUUGAAUAUGAAACACCUUAUGGUUUUGCCGGCGGAGAAACAGUUUUAUCGGAAAGAUUAAUUAUUCGUCCAAAUCAACAUCACGAUUUAGAAUUAGUUCGAUCACGUCUGAGACAGUGUUUUAGAAAAGUAAAUUGUUUUCUUAUGCCACAUCCAGGGUUAAAAGUAACAAAUAGACGAGAUUUUGAUGGAAAAUUAGAAGAUAUUGAACAAGAUUUUAAAGAUCAAUUAGACAAAUUUGUACCAGAUCUAUUUCGAUCUGACAAUGUCAAUUUUGUUAAAGAAAUAAAUGGAGAACAAAUAACUUCCACACAAUUAUUUGAAUAUUUUCGAACUUAUUGUGCCAUUUUUGCAUCGGGCGAUUUACCCUCACCUAAAGCCAUGCUAGAAGCAACUGCAGAAGCAAAUAAUUUGGCUGCUAAAGCUGUUUCCAAAGAAUUUUAUAUUCGUGCAAUGGAACAGCAUUGUGGUGGUGAUCGUCCAUAUAUUCAUCCAAGUCAAUUAGAAGCAUUACACAAUGAAGUACGACGACAAUCAUUAGAAAAAUUUCGUGUGGCAAGAAAAAUGGGUGGUGAACAAUUAUCGCAAACAUAUCAACAAGAUUUAGAUAAUGAAAUAUCAGAAUUAUAUGGAAAUUAUAAAAAACAUAAUGAUAGUAAAAAUGUAUUUGCUUUUAGUCGUACACCAACAACAUUUAUAUCAUGUAUGGUUAUAUCUUAUUUAAUUGCCGGUGUAUUAGAUGCUGUAUGGUUAGGUGGAUUAAAUUUUAUAUUUAUGUUCUCAUUCUGGGCUUUCCAACCAGUUUAUUCACGUUGUAUACAGUCAGCAAUGAAAUCUGUUUUGGGUCAAGCAACAGGUGGUCAUGCAAAGGCUAACUGA